AGCCGGAAGAGAAACAUUUGUGGUUUCUGUCUUUUACAAGGAAGAGAAGAGACAGAGUAAAAAUUUACUCUUACAACAAAGUCUUCCCUAACGAAUGGGCAGACAUGGUUUCCUCAGGCUACAUUAACCUUACAGAAGAUUAAAGAAAUAUGAUGGGAAAGGUCAGUGGAGGGAAUUAAGAACAUCCCUGGCAAGAGAAAGAAAGUGCUUAUGUCUAUGAAGAAAUAUUUGGAACAAGAAAAUCCAGGAAGUAAAAAAAAAAUCCUACAAUUGGGAAAGGCAAAAAAUCAGUGGGUUUACCACAAUGCUGGAUUUCCUACGGAGAUAGCUAUCGCCAAUACACAAAGCUCCUGUGUUCCUUAGAUUAACAUACCGUAGGUGGAAGCCAGAAAAACACUGGAUAAUGAAUCUUAUGGCAAGAGCCCUGUACGAUAAUGUCCCUGAAUGCGCAGAAGAGUUGGCCUUCCGCAAAGGCGACAUUUUGACGGUGAUAGAACAGAACACCGAAGGUCUUGAAGGAUGGUGGCUCUGCUCCUUACACGGCCGGCAAGGCAUCGUUCCAGGCAACCGUGUGAAACUUCUGAUAGGCCCAGUGGUACAGGACAGUCCUUCUGGUCAGGAUAUGUCCAAUUCAGGACUGACACAUCAAUCCUUCAACCAACAAAAAAUCUAUCAAGUGCCAAGUGCACAUGCCUCUGCACGGGACCCCAUCUAUCAGGUGCCACCUUCCCACCUGAAUCAGGGAAUCUACCAGAUACCCACUAGUCAUGGUCUAGUGGGGCAAGAUAUUUACCAAGUGCCACCCUCCAUGCAGAGAAGCAUUGACGGUCCACCUCUGGUUAACAAGGUAGUAACUCCAGUCAGGUCAGGACAAGGUUAUGUUUAUGAGUUCCCUUCCAAAUACCAAAAGGAUACCUAUGAUAUCCCGCCUGUUCGUCCUCUCCAAGGGAUAUAUGACGUUCCCCCGGCAUCGACUAAGGGGCCUACAUAUCCAGUUCCCAUGGGAGAAGCAAAAGCAUUAGGAGUCUAUGAUAUACCACCUGCCAAAGGGAUCUGUGCUACACCUCCAUCUGUGUGCCGAGAUGAUACAGGCCUGAGGGAAAAUUUACGGGAUUUUUCAUCUCCACUGGGCCACAGUGCAAGACCAGAAGGAGUAUAUGAUAUUCCUCCUCCCAUCACCAAAGCAACUGGGAAAGAACUUAGUAAGAAAUUUUCUUCUGAGAGCCUUUUAUCAACUGAUGGAAUGCCACGCAAACAGAGUGUGUAUGACAUCCCUGUGAACCAUCAAAACCAAUUUCUCGGACAGCAAAUUGCACCUCAGAAAGAUGUAUAUGAUACCCCACGGGGGGUUGCCUUUCCAGGACAACAGACAGGAUUAAGUGAGAGUCUAAUCUCAGAAGGAAGAGAAGGUAUAUAUGAUGUGCCACCGCCAAUUCUACAAGAGACUAAAGGAUUACAGGAUGUGACUGACGGAAUAAAUAGGUUGUCUUUCUCCAGCACAGGAAGUACCAGGAGUAACAUGUCCACAUCUUCAACAACGUCAAAGGACUCUUCUUUCUCAGCAUCAACUGCACAGGACAAAAGACUAAUCCUUGAUCCAGAUACUGCUAUAGAGAGGCUUUAUUGCCUUCAGCAUAUGAUGGAGGCAGCUGUCAAUAACCUCAUGGCCUUCAUUACUGCAGACUGGCGGUCUUAUGGAUAUAUGGAGAAACACAUCAAUGAAAUUCGUACUGCUGUGGAUAAGGUGGAGCAGUCGCUGUUGGAAUACCUUCAGUUUGCGAAAGGAUCAGCAGCCAAUGCUUCCUGUCUGUCUGAGGUCAGCCUCUAUAACAAAAUGAGGAGGGAAGUGCAGAGGCUGGAGGACUCCCACCAGAUCCUCACCCAAACCAGCCAUGACCUGAAUAGCUACAGCUGGUCUUUAAAUGUCCUAGCUGUCAACAGACUGCAGAACAAGUGUGAUGACCUGGAUCGAUUUGUUAUGGUGGCAAGGACAGUCCCAGAUGAUGCCAAGCAACUGACCACCACCAUCAGCGUCAAUGCAGAAGUGCUGUUCAAACAGGUGGUUAGCAGCUCACGUUUCAGGAAUGUACCAGAGAACAUCAUGAACACUCCUGAAUACGUCUGUAACAAUCCUCAUAUGCAGCAGCAUGGAGAGAAAACACAGAACCACUGUAACUCCCUUUCCCCACUUCUGAGUAAAGGUCAGCACCCUCACAGUACCACUAGUGAGAGCUCAGAAAAGAGCUGGAUGGAUGACUACGAUUAUGUUCACCUGCAGGGGAAAGAAGAGUUUGAAAGACAACAGAAGGAGCUGCUGGAAAAAGAAAAUAUCAUCAAGCAGAGCAAGACAGAGCUAGAGCACCAUCAGAUCAAUCAGUUCCAACGUCUAGAGCAAGAGAUCACAAAGCCUGUAGAGAACGACAUCUCAAAGUGGAAGCCACCUCAAGCUCUCCAAACCACGAACAGCACUGCAGCCUCUCAUGACAGACAGCUGCUUUUAUUCUAUUCUGACCAGUGUGAGACUCAUUUCAACUCCCUCCUAAAUGCCAUUGAUGCCUUUUUCAGUUGCGUCAAUGCUUCUCAGCCUCCGCGAAUCUUUGUUGCACACAGCAAAUUUGUCAUUUUGAGCGCUCACAAACUUGUGUUCAUUGGGGAUACGCUCACAAGGCAAGUGACAACUCAGGACAUACGCAACAAAGUGAUGAACUCCAGCAACCAGUUGUGUGAACUGCUAAAGAGUAUUGUCAUGGCUACCAAGAUGGCCGCCUUGCAUUACCCUAAUACGGUAGCCCUACAGGAGAUGGUGGACCAAGUAGCAGAGCUGUCUCAUCAUGCACAGCUGUUUAAACUCUCAUUAGUCCAAAUGGCAUCAUUAUGAAACAAAACGAAAUCCAAUCCAUGAACAGUGAAACAGAAAAGCCAACAAACUGGAGAUAUUUUUAUGUAAAUGGUUAUCAUUUAUGUUUUGUAAAUAUUUUAUAUGAAAUAUUUUAAAUACAUUUUUAUGGCUUAGAGAAUCUAAUGAAAUCAGGGAUCUGGGAAUAUAUCUGGUUCCAUAUUAUGGUUCUCAUAUACGUCUAGAUAUGUAUACACUGCAUACAUGUAUAUGUUGCUACAUUCCCUAAGACAUCAUUAAGCACCUUAAAAGUACACGUCGGGUAAGCAGUGCGUAUCUUUGUAUAUACUGCCUGUGUCUCAGUAUAUUUGUUAACUGGAUGCUGCACUCUUCUUGUUUCAUUCCAGCUUAAAUUUGGCACAUGGACUUGGUUGUGAAACCUACUUGUAGCGAUCCAUGAAGCCGGUGUAAUGGUUCUCAUAGAACCCCAUUCCCUUCUUCAAAACUGCUUUCUCUAGGUUAAUUCCAUAAACUUUAGCUCUCCCUUCUUGAUGUUAUUUUGCAUACAGGAUUCAACCAUUUUGAGACACACAUGUGCAGAACUGUAACAAACAAUGCAUCAAGGUGUAUGGCAUUUGGGAGAAAAGCAUUUUUAGGCAACAUAAGAGACAGACCCUUCUAAGAAGGAAUGAAGGAUUGUAUAUGUUCAACAGAAAAAUUUGAAUGCCACAAGACAUUUCUAAUAACUAUGCAACAUGGUAUUUCAAAACCUGGGAGGAUUCCCAGCAAUGUAAAUUCACACGUUUGCCUUGUAUAUCUCGUCAGACUUGAAAGCCUAAUUGUUGAUGGACUCGGAGUUAUCCUGAGAGCAUCCCAAAAUCCACUAGGCUCAUCUCUGAGGUUGCAGAUGAUCAAUGUCUUAAAAGGCCAGUUCCUUCCAGAAGGAUUAAUGCAGAAGUGUUGUAAUGCAUGUGGAAAGAAGGACAACCUAAUUUAAAAUAACAGAUAUUUAAACACCUGGAUAGAGUACACAUAAUUUAAUGAAGACAGAGCACUUAUUUUCCUAGGACAUAUUCUUGGGAAUUCCUUGCAUCUAUUGCAAUUCUGACUUUCAUUCAAAUAUUGGGCUUUUUUUCCAAAUUCUGUUCUCUAGCUCCUGGUCCUGCUACACUUCUGCACUACACAGUUGCCAGGAAUGACAUCCUGUUUUAAUGGGUAACUCCAUCAGUAGUAGCUAUUGUUCUAACCAGUAAUUUUCAACUUGGAUCCCUAAAAAAUUGUUAGCGGAGAUAUGGAAUCCUUUAGAAAUUUAACAUAUGCAGGCUACUCCAUUACAUAUAUAAACUUAUAUUUCUUCAUUGCGUUUUGUGAACCCGCCCAAAAAUAAGUCACAGAACUCCAGUUGCCUGUGGGCCACAGACUGGAAAGCACUCUUCAAACUGGGUGGUAGGAACAGUCCAGCUCAGAUAAUGAAUUCCAGGUAAUUCUGGUGAUUUUAAAGCAGAAAUACUACUAUCCUUAGAUAAGUCAGGGCAGUCCCACAUUGAUAUAUUUUGAGUGUUUGCAUGAGAGACCAGAUUACUAGUAAAUACACAGUCGUAAGAGGGGUAGCAAGUAGAAAACAUUUAGGCAUUCCUGCCUAAACUUUUCCUUUCCCAGUCUGUAUAUAAAGAUGUGCCUUAUUGCAAUGGGAUUUGUUGUCUCAGAUAACAAAAACAUUUUAGCAGCAUGUGCAGUUUUCUUGUCUUAAUGUAAUUGUCUCAGAGCAAAGGCUGCUCUUAGCCACCAUAACGUUGCUUCCGGAGUCUCCAGAACAUUCCCAGGAAGGGCAGCAGGAGCUGGCACAGCCUCAGCAGUCCCAGAAUCGGCUCCGUUUCUGGUAUUACAUUUUAAACUCUCCUUAGUUUGACAAAGAGAAAGGGUAGUUAUCAUGUUGUAACAAUAUCCAGUUGCCAAAAAUAAUCCACUUGAAACUGUUUUGUACUUGUGUUGUUUGCAAUUCUUCUAGUUUUCCUCGUUUGUUUUUUCACUGUAUAUUCUUAGAAAGUAUAAAUGUGUUUUGAAGCUUAGCUGUUCUGUUGAUAGCUUGUGCUUUCAGGGGAACCUUUAUCGCAGAGCUGUAUUACCAUUUGUUAUCUUGUAGAGAGUAACUUUAAAAUCAUUAAAUGAGAAUAGCUUUUUUAAUUAAAAAAAAAAAAAGCCAA